UUCAGUGUGCCCUGACUUCAACUUGCACACAGGACUGACAAAAGGAAAGAAAUAACAAUGAAGUUGAGAACGCGACGGUUCUCGGGGCUGGAGCUGUCCCUGAUGGUGUUGUUUGCGUUGGUGCUGGUGGUCGCUGUCGCAAUGGUCGUUCUCCUGGCCACUGGGGAACCAGGGACAAUCAAAGAUGAUUCAGGAACAACUCCAGAACCAGAUCCAGACAUCGUCCCAGAAUGUCCCAGCAUUCCAGAUGCCGAGAGAGUGGACUGUUACCCGGAUGGCGGCGCUUCCCAGCAAAAGUGUUUGGAAAGAGCUUGCUGUUGGAGCCCCCUGAACGAGACUAACGUCCCCUGGUGCUUCUUCUCCAAAAACCACGGCUACAGCGUGGUCAGCGAAAGCAAGCCAGACAACACACAUAUUGAGGCCAAGCUGACAAGAAUGGAUGCUCCAUCUCUAUUUGGAGCUGAUAUUAAAGAGUUGACCUUCCUCGCUGAAAUGCAGACAGAAAACCGUCUUCGACUUAAGAUCACCGAUGCAAAUCAAGCCAGGUUUGAGGUUCCUCACGAGCACGUGCAAUCGCUUUCCGACACUCCCAGAGGACCCCUAAAAUAUAGACUGGAGCUGAUCCAGAAGCCCUUUGGACUGAAAGUUUGGAGAACCUCUCCUGAAAAACUCCUGUUUGACACGACCCUUGGGCCGCUGGUUUUUGCUGAUCAGUACCUUCAGCUCUCAGCUAAACUCCCCUCUCACAAUAUUUAUGGACUUGGAGAGCAUGUCCAUCAGACCUUCCGCCAUGAUACCAACUGGAAGACCUGGCCUAUCUUCACCAGAGAUGCUUUCCCCAAUGGAGGCACACACAACCUGUACGGCCACUACCCUUAUUUCACAUGUCUGGAAGACGCAAGCGGCCAUUCCUUUGGUGUUUUCCUCUUAAACAGCAAUGCUAUGGAGGUGACAAUUCAGCCUGCUCCGGCCGUAACCUUCCGGACUAUCGGAGGGGUUCUGGACUUCUACAUUCUGAUUGGAGAAACACCGGAAGCAGUGGUGGACGAGUUCACAAAGCUGAUUGGCAGACCCUUCAUCCCUCCGUACUGGUCUCUGGGCUUCCAGCUCUCUCGCUGGGACUACGGCAGCCUGGCGGAGGUGAAGAAAGUCGUGGACAGAAAUCGACAGGCCGGCUAUCCGUAUGAAGUCCAGUACACUGAUAUUGACUACAUGGAGAACAAAAAGAUCUUCACCUAUGAUAUGGAGAAAUUUGCAGAGCUGCCUCAGUUUGCUGACUACAUGCAUGAUGCAGGACAGAAAUACAUCAUCAUACUGGAUCCUGCCGUAUCCACUGGUCGACGGAUAAACGGACCCUAUGAAGCUGUUGACAGGGGACAUGCAGCAAAGGUUUGGGUCACUGAAUCAGAUGGAGAAACACCUCUACUAGGAGAAGUUUGGCCAGGAGAAACUGUGUUUCCUGACUACACUAACCAGGGUUGCAUUGAUUGGUGGGUUGAUGAAAUUUCACGUUUCUACAAGGAAGUCAAGCAUGAUGCUCUCUGGAUUGACAUGAAUGAGGUGGCCAAUUUCGUGAAGGGAGGCAUCAAAGGCUGCGCCGAUAACAGACUCAACUAUCCUCCAUUCACCCCACGUAUCCUUGAUGAGCUGAUGUACAGUAAGACCUUAUGCAUGGAUUCUAAACACAAAUGGGGAAACCACUAUGAUGUGCACAGUCUCUAUGGGUACUCUAUGGUCCUGGCCACUGACAAGGCCUCAAAAGCAGUGUUUGGGAAUAGCCGUUCCAUGGUCUUUAGCCGCUCCUCCUUCCCCGGGGUGGGCAAGUACGCUGGGCACUGGUUGGGCGACAACGGUGCCAACUGGAAUGACAUAAAAUGGGCGAUACCUGGCAUGCUGGAGUUUAACCUCUUCGGCAUUCCUUACAUCGGCGCGGACAUCUGUGGUUUCUUCGACGACUCUGAGGAGGAACUUUGCACUCGUUGGAUGCAAGUGGGCGCCUUCUACCCCUUCAGCCGUAACCACAAUGCGCAAGGCUACGCGGACCAGGACCCAGCAUCAUACGGCUUAGAUUCUCUUGUGAUGAACACCUCCAAGCACUACCUGAACAUCAGAUACACCCUCUUGCCGUACCUCUACACUCUGUUCUACAAGGCCCAUGUUAACGGAGAGACCGUAGUGCGUCCCUUGAUGCACGAGUUCUAUUCUGACAGUGAAACCUGGGCAGUACACAAACAGUUCAUGUGGGGACCACAUCUUCUCAUCACACCUGCACUGGAUCCUGGUGUUACAUUUGUGGAGGCCUAUAUCCCAGACGCCAUGUGGUAUGACUUUGAGAGGGGAGUAAAGAUUACAGAUCGCAAAGCAAAAAUUAGCAUGUCCAUUCCAUUAGAUAAAAUUGGAUUACACCUGAGAGGCGGAGCCGUUUUACCUGUACAAAGACCAGACAUCACCACUACUUACAGCCGGAGUCAUCCCAUGGGACUGAUCGUCGCACUCGAUGACAACAAGGCUGCGUCAGGCGAGCUAUUUUGGGAUGACGGAGACUCUCGAGAUACGGUUUCAUCCGGUGUUCACAUCCAUUACCAGUUUUCUGUGGCUAAUGGUACCUUGUCAAUGCAAGUUACCCACAAUGGAUACACGGAUCCAAACAACUUGAAGUUUGAGAACAUCACAGUGUGGGGAGUGACAAAAGCUCCUGCUCUUGUGCUCGUGACGGACGGAAACAGUAUUAUCUCUCUAUCUGAGUCCCAGAUUCAAUACGACACUCACAAGCAGGUGCUACAGCUGAAAAAUCUGGAGCUGCACCUGGGGACGAACUACACAGUCAACUGGGAGGCCAAAAUCACUGGAAAUAUUGAUUGCUACCCUGAAGGAGGCGAAGAUCAGGCCAAAUGCGAAGCCCGUGGCUGCAUCUGGGAGUCUUUAAGUAUGCCUCAGUGUUAUUACGCCGAGAACCAUGGCUACAUUGCCGGCAGCAAGAAUGUGAAACCAGAUGGCAUCACUGUAGAAAUCACCCGCAAUGCUGACUUCCCAAGUCAGCGUUCUCGAUCUCGGGACAUCAGCAAGCUACAGGUGGAAAUCACAUACCUGAGUGGAAGAAGCCUACGUUGGAAGAUAUAUGAUCCAGACAAUGCACGUUAUGAGGUUCCCAUUCAUCUUGACCUGCCUGCCACACCAGAAACAGACGAAGCCAAAAGAGAUUAUACAGUUCAAAUCAAUGAAAAACCGUUUGGGAUCCAAGUGAUCAGAAAGGAAACCAAUGAAGUGAUAUGGGACUCCGCCGUGCCAGGCUUCACAUUCUCCGAUCAGUUACUUCAGAUCUCCACACUCUUGCCCUCGGAAUAUGUCUAUGGUUUUGGUGAAACAGAGCACCCCAGCUACAAACAUGACCUCAACUUCCACAAAUACGGCCUGUUUGCGAAAGACCAGCCUCCAGGGUAUAAGCUAAAUAGUUAUGGAAUCCAUCCUUUCUACAUGGGUCUGGAGAAAUCCAAAAAAGCUCAUGGCGUCCUCCUGCUCAACAGCAAUGCUAUGGAUGUGACCUUCCAGCCUACUCCAGCUCUGACCUACCGCACCAUCGGAGGUAUCUUGGACUUCUACAUGGUGGUGGGACCCACUCCAGAAGAAGUGGUUCAGCAGUACACUGAGAUGAUCGGCCGCCCGGUUCUUCCAGCCUACUGGUCUCUUGGCUUCCAGCUUUGCCGCUACGGCUACGCCAACGAUUCGGAGAUCACAGAUCUCUACAGAGACAUGAAAGCAGCUAAAAUACCUUAUGACGUGCAAUAUGCAGACAUUGACUAUAUGGAGAGGCAGAUGGACUUUACGCUGGACCAAGUGAAUUUCAAAGGACUGCCUGCUCUGGUGGACCAGAUGAGAGCUGAGGGAAUGCGUUUCAUCUUCAUCCUGGACCCAGCGAUAGCGGCCAAUGAGACAAAAGGCUCCUACCCUGCAUUUGAUAUCGGGAUUGAAAAAGACGUUUUCAUCAAAUGGCCUCCUGAGCUGAGCAAUGACAUUGUGUGGGGAAAGGUGUGGCCUGAUUAUCCCAAUGUCACCGUGGACAAUUCUUUGGACUGGGAUACUCAAGUGGAGCGAUUUAGGGCUUUCGUGGCGUUCCCUGAUUUCUUCAAGAGCAGUGCGGCUGAGUGGUGGGGAGAGCAGAUUAAAGACUUUUACAACAAAAUCAUGAAGUUUGAUGGACUUUGGAUCGACAUGAAUGAGCCGGCCAGUUUCGUGCAUGGAACCGUUGGAGAAAAAUGCCUCGGGAAACCGGAAUUGGAAGAUCCUCCAUACAUGCCCCCACUGGAGUCCAUGCAUAGAGGUCUGAAGCACAAGACUUUAUGCAUGAACAGCGAGCAGAUUCUUCCCGAUGGCAAACGCGUCAAGCAUUACGAUGUCCACAACUUGUACGGCUGGGCUCACACCAAACCUACUUAUGAUGCUUUGCUUAGUACCACUGGAAAGAGAGGUGUUGUAAUUACCCGUUCAACAUACCCAUCUAGUGGGCGCUGGGCAGGACAUUGGCUGGGAGACAACUACUCCGGCUGGAACCAGCUUCUGAGGUCCAUCGUAGGCAUGAUGGAGUUCAGCAUAUUUGGCAUCUCUUACACCGGUGCUGAUAUCUGCGGCUUCUUUGAUCCUGCCCAAUACGAGAUGUGCCUGCGUUGGAUGCAGCUUGGAGCUUUCUAUCCAUUCUCCAGGAACCACAACACCAUCAACAUGCCAAGGCAGGAUCCUGUGGCCUGGGGACCAGAGUUUGCUGCUGUAUCUCGUGAUGUGAUGAACAUUCGCUACACCCUCCUGCCGUAUUUGUACACGCUGAUGUACGAAGCCCACGUUCACGGAAGCACUGUGGUCAGACCCCUGCUGCACGAGUUUGUCACAGAUGAAAAAACAUGGGACAUUGACAGACAGUUCCUCUGGGGUCCCGCUCUUCUAAUCACACCUGCUUUGGACCCGAACGUUACUGUGGUCAGGGGAUACUUGCCAUACGGUUUCUGGUACGAUUACCACACGGAAAAAGCUAUAAGAGUAUCAGGAGAGUUUGUGGAUAUGGAGACACCAUUAGAGAAAAUUAACCUGCAUGUGAGACCAGGAUACAUCCUACCCUGUCAGAAAGCAGAGAUCAACACGCACUACAGUCGUCAGAAUCCUCUGGAUCUCAUUGUUGCUCUUAAUGAUGGAGGUGUAGCACAGGGAUCUCUGUUCUGGGAUGACGGAGAGGGAAUUGAUACUGUUCAGAAUGGCAAAUACCUCUUGACAUCUUUCUCUGUGUUUGAACGUAAACUUACCAGCGAGGUUUCCGUAAAUGGGCUGGCCGAGGCUGACAGACUGACCCUGGGUGUUGUGAGGGUUUGGGGUGUAACAACUAAACCCACUAAGGUUACCAUGAAAGUGAAUGGGAAGCCUGACACUGACUUGGGUUUCGUAUAUAACAGUGAGAUUCAGUGGCUGCGCAUUAACGCGACAUCACAAUCUCACACCAUCGAAACGCCUUUCAGCAUCACCUGGACCACAGCUUAGUCACGGACACAAGUCAACAGAGAACGGCUCGAGCCAAGAGCAAUCGCAUGAUUAUUUCUGUUUAUUUAUAAAUGUUCCGUCAACUAGUAAUUUAUUUGGAAGCUUUUUAUGGUAGAUGUCAUCUGGACAUAAAAUACGAAAUGAUGUCUUCUAAAGCAAAUGUUUUAUUGCCGUGUUUUUGGUUCGGAUCUCAUGUUAGAAACUAAUAGUGGCAGUGCGUCUUCUGGCCGAACUUGGAAGGCUGAAUCUGUAAUGGGGAAGUAGGAAUAUAAUGAUAACCCUUAAUUAUCGACAAUCACAGCUUUUUAACGAGAAAACCUCUCAGCGGCGGCUACCUGCCGGGCGUGCUUCACGCACGACUACGGUUUGAUGUAAUGAUACAAUAAUCAAUUAUUCAUUCUACAGUAAACAUAAUGAUAUCAAUUAAGCGAUGGAGACUGUAAAUUGAUUUCUGCUCUAAUUGGCAAUCACGGCGAGCUGGAGAGAUGGACGCCGCAGGGAAGAGGGCGGGAAGGGUGUGCCUUCGAUAUUUAGACGCUAGCCAAAAACAAUGAUAAUUGAGGAGCUUUUUUUAUCUGAGUGUGAAACAGGAUGGAGCCGUUCUGACUGAGACUGUAAUUAUUUGGGUUUUCUAUUAUGCGAAAGGGGUUGUAUUUAAUUAGCGAAAAACAGUGGUCCGGGGUUUUUGCAAGAAAAAGAGACGUUUUCCUUCUCUAGUCAGGCAGUGAGAAAACGUAUCAUUAUUCUUGGAGUUUAUACGAAGUUUCAGAACUUCCGUGUUUUAAAAACAUCAGCUCUGCCCGAGUCGGUUGUGUUAAUCUUUACCAUUAGAACUUCAUCGCUGUGCAUUAAGCGAUGUACAUGAAAGAAUAAUACAGCUGUAACAUGCAUUUUAAAAGUGCAAUAAAGUGAUUUAUA